AUGCUUGUUGAACUUUCUAAACAUGGAUUGAUUCAUCAAGUGGCAUAUCUUAUAGACCUGAUCAACCAUACCACUCUAUCUUAUUCUGUUCAUACCGGUUUAAUUGGACUACUUGUUAAACUUACUUAUGGUUCUAUGGUGGCUGUGAAGACACUUUUUGAUCUUAAUAUAUGUAGCAUUUUGAAAGAGAUCUUUUCAAUAUAUGACCUUUCACAUGGAGUCCCUUCCCCUCGAACAAUUGAUGGACAUUAUAAUCAAAUGCAUGAAGUUUUGAAGUUGUUGAUUCAACUUCUACCCGUUGUAUCCAGAAAUCAAGAAGUUCCAUUAGCUGCAGAAAAAGAAGCUUUCUUGGUGACACAUCUUGAUCUUGUAGAGAAAUUUGGGAAUGAUUUAUUACAUGUCUUGAUCCAGGUAUAUAAAGCCACUGCCAGCUGA